AUGCUGCCUCUAUCACUACUCAAUGCUGCUCAGAACAAACCCAUGUUGGUGGAACUCAAAAAUGGCGAGACAUUUAAUGGACAUCUUGUAAAUUGCGACAACUUUAUGAAUAUCACGCUGCGCGAAGUAUAUCAGACCAGUGUGGAUGGCGAUAGAUUCUGGAAGCUCAAGGAGUGUUAUAUUCGAGGGAGUACGAUAAAAUACUUGCGUGUUCCAGAUACACUCCUUGACGCCGUCAAGGAUGAACAAAACCGGGCGCGAGAAGCAAAUCGAAGUACGCGGGGAUCAGGCCCUGGUGGAUCGAGAGGAGGACGAGGAGGGCCGUCAAGAGGACGCGGUGGGGCUCGCGGAAUGCCAAUGCGAGGAGGCAGAGGCAGAGGUCGGGGAAUGUAG